UACUGUGGUUUGUGAGGUGCGUGGUGAUGAAUUGUGACGGUGCACGAAGCGGCGACGACGAACAUACGCAGCACCCACGCAAGCGCAACGAAACCAUCUGGCCGUGUGGACAACAUUGAUCAGUGUGUCACGACAAACUGCUGCAACUGCUGCGUUGACCUAUUUGUAAAUACGCACAUUUCGGGAACUGUUUUGGCAAAGCGACGUAAUUGCAAUGGAAUCAUCAAUCCACGAGUUAAACAAUCAGCCGGCUCACGGAAACGGAAAAGCACCGGCGGCGGGCGGAUGGCACGAAAAUGGUCAGUCAGAAGAUGCCGGAGUGCAGCGUCGAAGGAGGCUUUCCUUUAACGGGUCGGACAUGGAGCUGUCCGACUUGAAUGGACAUCGUCACGCCACAGACGGAGCGUGGAGGAAACGUGAAUCCCCGAUCGAUACCAAGCAAAUGCUAGUACUGCUGGCAGCGGCCACAACGAUUGCGGUUUCCGUCCGAUAUCUGCUGCCAGUGCUCGAUGUCGCUACCUUCAGAACGUUUGUCUCGCAAAGCAUCUCCGUCGCUGGAAUCUUCUGGAACGACCUGUGUGAACGAAUCGUACGCCUUAGGCCAACCAUGGCCAGCUGGGAUCGUAUUGUGCCCCGUGCGGAACAGACUGCGUAUGUGCUUUCCGCGGUCGCUUUCGGGCUGCUGGUAUCGUCCUUUACAUGGUACGUGAUCUACCUCGACAGUAGCAUUCCGGGAGUUAAUCCUCCAACACCGUUUUCGGCAUCCAAGAAACGGUAUCGCGGGGGGUCCAUGUCCAAGGAACGACGGUUCCAUCUCGGCUACAUCACCGCCAUGAUCAGUGGGCUGGUGGUGUUCCUGAUCCGGGUUCUAAGCGAAUGAGCACGGGAACCCGCAUUGACACUUCCAUUAAGUGCCUAACUUUCAGCAUUGCACUUUGUUGUCGCUUUUGAAUCAUGAGUUCACCCGGCACCGGACAUAUUUAUUUCGUAUCGUAAUUUUACAAACUAACACCACUUACAAUAUUACGUUGAAGUAAUGGGCAGCAGCUUUAUGUGAGGUCGCGCAAGUUAACGUUCUCGAUGAGCACCAGAAACGGCCCCUUUUUUCUUCCGAAAGAAGGCGCUAGCUCUCGUAGAUUUCUUAUUUCGUAAUCAUUUUGGGUAUUGUAAAUAAUCCUUCGAUAACAAUUUAUUCGAUGGUGGCAAAAGGUUAUGUUAGCGAUAGCAACAUCAUGGGUAUUUAGCACAGUUCAUUGCUAAUCG